AAAAUUAAAAAAAUUAAAAAGUAAAAAUCAAAUAAAAAUUGUGGGGACACGACGGUUUAAAAUUGGUAUUAAUUAACGGGCGGCGCGGUGACGCCAGCGGGCCGUGUCACCUGGUCGGGGAGGACCCGUGAGGUGGCGGUGGGACGAGGAGGAGGAGGAGGAGGAAGAGGAAGAAGAAGUAUCGCGGGAAGUAGCCAUAGAGACGGAGCCGCUUGGCCGCGGGGGGAGCGGGCAGCCGCCGCCUUGGUCCCGCCGCUCCCGUGGCGCCGUGGGGACGGGGAGGAAGGCGGGAUUAGCCUGGGAGCCGGCCGCUGAGGCAGCGGUCCCCGCCGCUCUGCUCUCUCCUGUCCCGCUGCCGACGCAGUGCUCCAUCUGAACAACUGAAAUGAGACUGAAGACUUCACUUUUAAAGGAACCAAAACAUAAAGAAUUAGUUAGCUGUGUGGGGUGGACUACAGCUGAUGAGCUAUAUUCCUGCAGUGAUGAUCACCAAAUUAUGAAGUGGAACCUUUUAACUAGUGAGACUACUCGAGUAGUGAAACUUCCAGAUGAUAUUUAUCCCAUAGAUCUUCACUGGUUUCCCAGAACUAUUGGUGUGAAGAAGCAGUCCCAUGCAGAGAGCUUUGUUCUAACAAGUUCUGAUGGGAAGUUCCACUUAAUUUCAAAGUUAGGAAGAGUAGAGAAGAGUGUAGAAGCACACUGUGGAGCUGUACUUGCAGGAAGGUGGAAUUAUGAAGGAACAGCACUGGUUACAGUUGGUGAAGAUGGCCAAGUGAAAAUCUGGUCUAAAAGUGGAAUGCUGAGAUCCACUUUAGCUCAGCAAGGAUCACCAGUGUACUCAGUGGCCUGGGGACCUGAUUCUGAAAAAGUUCUCUAUACUUCAGGGAAGCAACUGAUUAUUAAACCUCUUCAGCCAAAUGCUAAAGUUUUGCAGUGGAAAGCCCAUGAUGGACUUAUUUUAAAAACUGACUGGAACUCAGUUAAUGAUCUUAUUCUUUCUGCAGGUGAAGAUUGUAAAUAUAAGGUUUGGGACAGUUAUGGACGUCUGCUGUACAGCUCACAGCCCCAUGAAUAUCCUAUAACAUCUGUUGCCUGGGCUGUGGAUGGAGAAUUAUUUGCUGUGGGGUCUUUUCAUACUUUGCGUCUAUGCGAUAAAACUGGGUGGUCAUAUGCUUUAGAGAAGCCAAAUACUGGCAGCAUAUUUAAUAUUGCUUGGUCUACUGAUGGCACGCAACUAGCCGGAGCAUGUGGAAAUGGACAUGUCAUCUUUGCCCAUGUCGUGGAGCAGCACUGGGAGUGGAAGAACUUUGAAAUAACGUUAAUUAAGAGGAGAACCAUGGAGGUGCACAAUGUUAUUAAUGAUGCGGUAGAUUUGUUGGAGUUCCGUGACAGGGUUAUUAAGGCCUCUCUGAACUACGGGCAUUUGGUUGUUUCAACUUCUCUUCAGUGUUACGUGUUUUCUACAAAGAACUGGAAUACACCACUGAUCUUUGAUCUGAAGGAAGGAACAGUUAGUUUGAUUUUACAAGCAGAAAGGCAUUUUCUUCUUGUAGAUGGUGGAGGACUUUAUUUAUAUUCAUAUGAAGGAAGAUUAAUUUCCUCUCCAAAAUUUCCAGGAAUGAGAACAGACAUUUUAAAUGCUCAGACAGUAUCUCUGAGUAAUGAUACUCUAGCAGUAAAAGACAAAGCUGAUGAAAAGGUUAUCUACAUAUUUGAAGCUUUAUCUGGAAAGCCAUUGGGUGAUGGAAAGCCUCUAACCCAUAAGACGGAAAUUGUGGCGAUUGCUUUGGACCAGAAAGGACUUACAAGUGAAAGAAAAAUAGCUUUUAUUGAUAAGAACAGAGAUCUCUACAUUACUUCAGUUAAACGGUUUGGAAAAGAACAGAAGAUUGUCAAAAUAGGGACAAUGGUUCAAACUUUGGCCUGGAACGACACGUCUAACAUUCUUUGUGGGAUUCAAGAUACUCAUUUUACAGUCUGGUACUACCCCAACACAGUCAAUGUAGAUAAAGAUCUUUUGCCAAAAACUCUGUAUGAAAAAGAUGCAAGUGAAUUUGGCAAAAAUCCCCAGAUUAUACAUUUUGUAGGAAAUCAAAUAACAAUUAGAAGAGCAGAUGGUUCACUUAUUCACCUUAAUAUGUCACCUUAUCCUGCGAUUCUUCAUGAAUAUAUUAGUAGUUCUAAAUGGGAAGAUGCUGUCAGAUUGUGUCGCUUUGUCAAGGCAACAGCAACAGAUGAGGAUCAGACGAUGUGGGCUUGUUUAGCUGCUAUGGCAGUUGCCAACAAAGACAUGACUACAGCAGAAAUCGCCUAUGCAUCAAUUGGUGAGAUUGACAAAGUUCAGUAUAUCAAUUCCAUCAAAGAUCUUCCAUCAAAAGAAUCAAGGAUGGCUCAUACACUGCUGUUCAGUGGAAACACCCAAGAAGCUGAAACCCUGCUUCUUCAAACAGGCCUUAUCUAUCAAGCUAUUCAAGUCAACAUUAAUCUUUACAAUUGGGAUAGGGCCCUAGAACUAGCAGUAAAGCACAAGACACAUGUUGACACGGUCCUGGCUUAUCGACAAAAGUUCCUAGAGGACUUUGGUAAAAAAGAAACUAACAAAAGAUUUUUGCAAUAUGCAGAAGGUAGCUCCAUAAAGAUUUCAGUCAUCAGAUCCAAAGCACCUGGACCCAGUAAAUGCAUCCUGAAUUGAGCUGGAAGUUGAUUGGAAUAAAAUCAAAGCCAAAAUAGAGAUGGAAAUUGCUAAAGAACGAGAACGAGCAGCAACCAGUCCCGCAGUGAGAGCCAGUGUAACUGUACAGCAAUAACUGUCCUCUUGGUUGCCUUAAUGAGCGCUUCUUGGAUAUUUUGUACUGGCAUAUUUUGACACAUUAAAAAAAGUCUCAGCAAACAUUUUGUGGGGAACAGGAGUGAGAAUUGCUGUGGUUCUUGCUAAUGGCUGGAUGACAGGCAGAAUUAUUGAUUCACUACAGUCUCAUUUGGAUCUGGGUUUAUGUUCUGAUGGCCUAACUCCAGCGAGUAGUUACCUUGUAGUCCAUAAUACAUGUAUGACAAAAAAGGAAAAUUUACUGUCUUUCCAUUAGUGGCUUUUACAUUUUCAUUGCCAUUAAAAUUAUUUAACCUCAGUUGCCUCCAACUACCAAUUUCCCUGUUUAAGCAGCUAGUUAAGUAGUUUGGUUAUUUCUGCAAACUCAGGGACCUCUGAAAAGACUUGUUUAAGUUGCCCUAAGACAAAUUCAGCAAACUAAGUGUUGAACAGUAAAAAAAGGAUUUGCUUGCACCUAUAAAUACAAAGGAAUAUUUUAUUCACAGUUAUGGUAAUACAUACUCCUGGUACUACGUAUGUAUGAGCAAGUUCUUUAAUAGAUGAUUUCAGAUUACUUCAGCAACUCAGGUUUGUUCCUGCAGCAAACAAUUUAGCAAUAAAAGGUAUUUUCUGAGAUAAAUAAUUUAAAAUGCAGUGGAAUGUGCUUUGAGUGUUGUUUGAAGUAACACACAGAAUUGUUGGUUGGUUUUGUAGCAUCUAGCACGUAUAAUUGACAAUAUUGAAAGCUUCCUUAAGGCUGAAAUACCAUACUCAUUUAAAAUAAGGAAGAACUUCCCACAUAUUUUUUUCUGCACCAAGCACUUGAUUUGAAAAUACUGUUUUUACAUUUGUGUUGUUUCAAGAUAUAUUUUUGGUUUACAUAUGAAAGUGGCUGCAUAUGCUAGAUGUUCUUUGCAGAAGCCUUUUGCGUUACAAAUAUAUGAGCAAGUUAUUCAUAACUGACAUUGUAUAAUAUGUAUCUUUGAAAUAUUACCAUCAAAAUGUUAAAUAUCUGUAUAUCUGGCAAACGUUUUUGUAAAUCAUUAUAUGAUGGUUUUUUGCACAGCUCAUAAAUUUCUUAAUAAAAACGGAAUUUUUUUUAAAUGUA